CUGUCCAGUGGGCCGAUUAUUGAGCGCGCCCUUGUGAUCGAUCCAUCCACCAUUCUGACAGCAUUCCUUGCCACUGCGGUGAUUUUUGGUUGUUUCACGUUGGCGGCACUUCAUGCACACUCCACGAAAUUUCUCCAUCUUGGAGGAAUAAUCAGUGCUGGCUUCCUAUUCAUUCUGGUCACGGCGAUUUUCUCCAGUUCCCCGUUCAUGCACACCACCUGUCUGUGGAUGGCAUUUGCGAUCAAUUGCGCUCUGGUUCUGUACGAUACACAACUGAUCUGUGAGAAACGCCGCCGUGGUGAUACUGAUUACAUUUGGCAUACCAUUGAACUGUUCAUCGAUUUCAUCAAUCUGUUCCGCUACGUUUUGGUCAUUCUCAGUGACAAAAAGGUUUGGGAAAAUUUCGUUUUUUUGAACUUAAAAUUAAGUAUUCCAUAA